UGGUAGCGUCGCGUAGGUAAACGUAUAGGAAGUUUUGUGCUUUUGUUUCCUGAGAGACAGAAACGUUAGACAGUAGCAAUAUGAUUGUCCCUGGAAAUACUAUAAAGUUAGUAGACGUUGGUACCUCGAUUGCAGUUUUGCCCGAAGCCGAAUCACAGUCACCAGUUGUGAAAGCUAUGAGGAAUAUAAAGAAGAAAAAUGCCGGGGCUUUUAUACGACUGCAGCCGACUACAUCACAGACCGACAAAACAAACACACAGAAAGAAUCUGGAAAUGCAACUUCUGGGAGGGGUGUUGUGUACCUCAGCCACAUACCAGAUGGCUUUUAUGAAGAUGAAAUGCGCCAAUAUUUUAGUCAGUUUGGACGUGUUACCAGAGUAAAGUUAGCACGUAGUAGAAAGACUGGCAGGAGUAGAGGAUAUGCAUUCAUCGAAUUUCAGUACGCUGAAGUAGCCAAGGUUGUCGCUGAGACCAUGAACAAUUACUUGUUAUACAACAGACUUCUCAAAGCAAGUUACAUGGACAAGCAGUAUCCUGCAGCAUUUUGGAACCAACAAUCUUGUGGGCCUCAAAAUUGUCCACUCGCAAGAAACCGACGAAUGGAAAUAAAACGAAAAAAUGAGAUUCUGAAUCCUGCGAAGGAACUGGUACAGCAGGGGAGGAGGCGCAGGCAGCUGGCAAAGACUCUGAAUCGCCUGAGGGAUGCCGGAGUGGAUUAUACUCUCGAGGUAAAAGAUCAAGUAGAGCUGUCUACAGGAGGAAAAAAAAUUGGUGGUGCAAAAAAUACAAAGCAAGAGAAACAGGCAUCCGAAGAAAGUGUGAAGGUGGAAGAGGACUCUAGGAACAGCCAGCCAGUGCUGCUAGUGGAUGAGAGUGAUGACGAAAUUGAAUUCAACGUGCCAUCUUUUGUUAUCAGGAAAACCUUGAAGAGGCGGAGCAGUAGUCCGGCAUUGGAGCAGUCUCCCAAAGUAAAGCGGGGCAAGCAUGUUAAGAGUGAGCCACUGACGUCACCAACUCAGGAAGCUCUCAGUUCUCCAGAAAAACAGAAUGGAGAGGCAAGUUCCAGAUCUAACCACAAAACUAGAAAGAGUGGUAGAGUCAGUGUUAUUCCGAAGCACAUCAGCUCUGGGUUUCACGUAACUAUUACUCCGGGGAAGUCCAAGCAGAAUAAAUUGGCCAGCAAGGAGAACCGAGAGAGCCAGUCACCUGUGCAAUCUGAUGAAUCACCCAAACAGUUGGGCACACCGAAAUUGCCCAAGUCGGUCGGAUCUUCCACAAAUAAAAAGAUUAGAAACAGUAGACUCUCCACCGAGAAUAAGAUCGAUGGAUCCCCAGAAAAUACUGAAAUACCAAAGGUACACAGACGGAGCACAGAGAUGCCAGAAAUUUUGGACGGUGUUACGCCCACUCCCGUUGCAGAUAGUGCUGUUAGAAAAGUGUCCCCUAAAGCAGUCAAAACCCCAAAGCAGAUGAAAAAUAAUCCACACACUAUCGAGAAAAGAAAAACACCUAAGUUGAUGGACGUUCGGGGCAGUGUUGCAUCAGGGCUUGAGAAAACUGUUUUACUCAAAAGUAAUGGGAAGAAAAUUUCUCCAAAAGCAACACCAAAUGUGCACUGCCCAGUACAAAAACUUAACUCUGGUGACAGGAGUCCCUUAAAAACACCAAUUGGGCGGAAGUCUUUACCAUUGUCAAAACCUAAUUUGGAAGACAAGAAACGUACAGGACUGAAGACUCCACUGAAAACUCCAAUAGGCAGGAAGAGCCAAAACUGGACUGCCUCAAGCGGCCCAAACCGUUCACCAAAUUUAAUGCAGAAACUUGGUUCAGAGGACAAGAAACGUACAGGACUGAAGACUCCACUGAAAACUCCAAUAGGCAGGAAGAACCAAAACUGGACUGCCACAAGUGGCCCAAAACGUUCACCAAAAUUAAUGCAGCAACUUGGUUCGGAAGACAAGAAACACACAGGACUAAAGACACCUUCGAAAACUCCAAUAGGCAGGAAGAGCCAAAACUGGACUGCUGCAAGCAGCCCGAAGCGUUCACCACUGUCCCAUAGCACCGCCUUGAAGAAGCACGACAGUGCUAGUCCAAAAGCUUCGAAACAUGCAAGAAAGAGCUUGAAGUUAAAUAAGUAGACGUGCUGAAAAAAGGACUCCUGUAUCGGGAGAGAACCCAGAGGCUAUAAUAACGUUGUCAGAAUGAGAUUUUUCACUGUAUCACGUAUUUGACUACACCUGGAGUGUAAUGCACAUUUGUUCGUUUCUAAAAUGAACAAAAGAGAAUCAUUCAACAGUUACGGUGUGAUUCGUCGAUUCUUUUCGUACGAGUUGCCAGCGUGGAAUCAGUUUGUUCCUUAGUUUUUGUAGAGGACUUAUUAAUAGUUGUUUUUAUUUGGCAUAUCAGUACAACUGUCUUUGGUUUCUUUCCCAGACUGGGGAUAAAUAAUGUGGAGGGAAUUUUUCCUCCUGAUAUUCUUUUUUAUCUGCACUUAACACUACCUAUGGCUAAUGUGAAAUAUGUACUGUAGAUAUAUUUUUAGAAAGCCUAUAUAAUAUUUACUGAUGGGUAAGUGUGCUAUCUUUUAUCAUUUGGUGGUGCAAUACUUUUUUUUAAAUAAGAAAAUUGUUUCUCAGCCAGUGGCAGCUUAUUUGCCACUGAAUCAUUGUAAAGCGUCAGCUGUAAUUGUUUUGAGUUUUAUUUUGCAUAGAAUAAAUUGUCUGAUAUUUUUAUUUUAAAAUGUUAAGUCUCUUGUUUGCAAGUGAACAUAUGUUGGUAAUUAUCAAUUUCACCUGAAUAUAAACUUUUAAAAUGCAAUAAGAAAAUGAUAUUGUAAUGUGACUGGUCAAAUUUUUGAGUCAUUUGAAGGAUA